GAUCUAUCAGAACAAAAAUAUUAAGCUUGUUGAUCGGAGUGAGCAGAAGACAUUGUUUGUUCAAAUUAUAACUUCUGAUACUACUCAUAAUUUUUACUAUAAGAAUGAAAAUAGACAAAGGCAAGUUUCUAUAUCAUUCUGCGAUAGAAUAUGGUGAUCAUCAUUGGGAUCUCUCAGAUUAUUUUUGUAUUAACUUGUUUUAAUUGAGUAAAAGUCAUACAAACCUGUUCUUGAUGGCCAUUGUAAUGUUGUUGUUGCAUGUUCUGUGGAGCACUCAUUUCGAACACUGAAUGCUGGCCCAUGACGGGCGUAUGCCACUGAGCACUCUCACCAUAUUCGCCGCCACCGUUUUGAUCUUGUGGUAUGGCUACUAUGAUCGCCUCCUUGCUGUCUACACUCCGGCGUUCCACAGACAGCAGCGAGUGCAGAACCUCACUCGCCUCCUUCUCAGCAGGAUUCACCACUUCCAUUUUUUCAAACGACAUGUUCACCGCUCCACGCUCGCUACAACCGAUCGUUCACGUCAAAUCACAUGUAUACAUACGUGUAUGUACAAAGGCGACACCUCAAACCCGCCCAGAAUUCUAUAAAAUCGCACAACCCCAAGACACAAUACGAGAAAACCGCGGAGAACUUUUCAAAUUCAUGUAAAUAAACAUAACAAAAACCGCGCAAUUAUUAACCUUAAUCGCAUUUUUUAAGUUUCAUUAUCGCAUAGCGGAUCGAACUCCUGUGGAAUAUUGGGCCAUAUAGUCAUAGCAAAGGAAGAAUAAAACUCACCUUUUACACCUUAUUUCGGAGACUGGGAUACUUAAAAACGUAUCCCCACGGUCCGUUAUCGUAUGUGGUUUAUUUUAUUUCACUUAAUUUCGACAUUGCAGUCAUAAUUAAAGAGAAAUGCACAAAUUUUUCACUGAAUUCACGGAAGCAAUAUGGCGAUACACUUUCCGUGAAUAAAAUCGGAGGACGCCGUAGAACAUGUAAUUAGUACAGUGCGCCGCCGCAGUGGCGCUAGCAUCGCAUUUCCGAUCGAACGACACAGGCCGACUGUGUUGGCGGUAUUUUUGAAUAGAUCGUGGUAGUAAAGGUAGUACAACAGAAUAGUAAGUAAAUAUUAUGAUAUUUAAAGUUCAUUUUAUAGAAAAAUCGUAAGAGUGAGUUAAUAUUAUUUUAUAUACGUUUGCCUGCCUAUACAAUACAAAAUCUAGUUAAGAAAAAUAUAACGGAUUAUUUUCUACAUAUUGACAAUACUGUAAACCUUUAUUACAUAAAUGAUAAUAGUCUUCACUUGUACGUAUUCACCAUCUGUCAAGUUGGCCUGUCGCCUGUCCGAUGUGGAAAAUAACGUAAACGUAAUUUCUUUAAAUAAUAUUUUAAAAGUGCAAUAAAAAUACCUACAUUAGUCACAUUCAAAGGGAUGCGAUGGUGAAAUAUAAUAGCGGUGAUAAAAAGAGGGUCGGCAGCGAAGUGGAAAGCUUAUUCAUAUACCUACCUACUAUGAAACUGAUCUUCUCGUAUUCUUUUUAAUACUUACAUUUAUAAUAAUGAUGGCAUAUAACGAAUGACCAUUUAUUUCAUAAUAAAUAAAACAGCACGGAAUACUCUACUUUAUAGAGUAGAUACUUUGUAUAAUAGGUACAUAAAUAUAAAUUACCUUUUAAAUAUACCUACACAUGGGACCUAAAACAAAACUCGAUCAACCAACGCAUUUCCUCUUUAAGAUAUCCGUCCGCUAACUUCCGAGGACAACGUCCUGGUUUUCCAUGCUGCGUCAGACAGAAGCCCAUUCUUUAUGAUGAAUGAACUACCUAUUUGGUUUAAAAAUAGAGCAAACAGCCUUUUUCACCAAGUUGUUUUACCAACGUUAGGUCUUAUUGUUUUAUAAAAUACAUACACGGAUUAAUAUAUUCUAAGACCUUUUACAAAACGCCAAAACAUACGAUAAAAGGAAAUCCGUCGAAAAAAACAAUACAGCUCCUGUAUGUAGGCACCCUUUUUGAUUGUCUAUGAAAAAAUCUGUCAAAACUUGUCAAGUAAUUUACUGUAAUUUGAAUUUAGUGUUUGGCGCAGAAGAAGAUUUGCAUAUAUUUUGUUUUUAUUAGCAAAAAAUUUUGGGUAUUCCACUAAUCAUGAGUCCUUCAUUGUUGAAUUGAAUAUUUUCGUGAUUAAUUCGGUUCGAACAAACAAAGUGUAUACUUAUAUGUACUUACAUUAUAAAAUAAAAUGUUAUUCUAUUUCGUUAAAGAUAGCUCACUUACCAACUGCAGUAUCCAACGUGAAACAGCUACUCCUGGAUCUGACCACAGCACCAGGCGAUGUCCCGUCAGGCCAUUCCAUUCGCUCCUCCAUCGCUUUAGAAGCACUCUUUCUGAACUGCUCCAAGAAACUGUCUAUUUGCGUUUCUAAGCUUGUUGGAGAGCUAGCCAUCGUUUCCACCGAAACACCAAAAACAAACACUACACGCUAUCCCGCCGUAUUCAUUUGCGCUUUUAAUAUUCUCCACUGGUAUUUACUUCUACGCAAUAAUUUUAUAUAAUAAGGAGUUCCCAUAGCACCCUGUAGUAUAGCCGUUUUUCCAUUAUUUUAGACGGCAUUUGACGUCGAAUUCACCAGCGAAAAUAUUAACACCGCGAGCCGCAGCGGCAUUUAAAAGAAACUAUUCGAUAACUGAGACACAGGCGGGCGAGAGGGGUCGAGCCGGCUACCGCUACCGCGCACGCUGCUUGCAUUUGCUAGUGCUGCGCGAAGAGCGCGCGUGGUUCGUGUUAACAGAGGUGAUUGGAUCUGUCACGCACGACAUUACACCCGGCCUCAUAAUGUCAAAUAAAGCAUGGGUGACUCUGGCCACCAACGAUUCCUACGGCCUUGGGGCUUUGGUGCUGGCGCACUCAUUGCGCCGUGCUGGCUCCAUCUACCCUGCUGCGGUGCUCAUCACACCGUCAGUCACUGAGGCCAUGAGAGAGCGCCUUCGCGCGGUAUUUGCUGAGGUGGUGGUAGUGGACGUAUUGGACUCAAAGGACGCUGCGCACCUUGCACUGCUGCAGAGGCCUGAGCUGGGCAUCACCUUCACCAAAAUUCACUGCUGGGGUCUAACUCAGUAUGAGAAAUGCGUGUUCCUUGACGCCGACACAUUGGUAGUUCAAAAUUGUGACGAGUUGUUUGAAAGGGAAGAGUUGUCAGCGGCGCCUGAUGUAGGCUGGCCGGAUUGCUUCAACUCUGGUGUAUUCGUAUACAAGCCCUCGCAAGAGACCUUGGAACAGCUUAUCAAAUUCGCGCAAGAACGCGGCAGCUUCGAUGGUGGUGACCAAGGCCUCCUCAAUUCCUUCUUUUCCGACUGGGCACGUGGCGAUAUCAAUAAGCAUCUGCCAUUCCUGUACAAUGUUACAUCGGCAGCAUUCUAUUCUUAUAUUCCCGCUCUGAAACACUACGGACAAAACUUAAAGAUCAUCCAUUUUAUCGGUGCGACUAAGCCAUGGUUACAAAAGUUCAAUUGGGAAUCUCGCUCAGUAGAUGCACCUGAGCACCUUCGGGAAUUCCUACAACUCUGGUGGGACCUUUUCGUUGGACAAGUCCAUUCUGCGCUGGAUGUUACUAUGAGUGGAGUGGCCGGCAACUUGGCUCGAGUCGUUCCCGGUGCUGCCAGUUUCGAAGCUUUGGACGAGCUCACCCGUCGCCAAGGUUGGGAAGCGGGCAACAUCGACUAUAUGGGUGCUGAUUCAUUCGACAAUAUCUGGGCUAAGAUCUCGCAGACCCUUAGCAAACCUAGGGUGUCGCCGCCUAAACAACCGUCUCCGCCUAAAGAACCAUCGCCGCCUAAACAAUCUUCGCCACCUAAAGAACCAUCGCCACCUAAAGAACCAUCGCCGCCUAAACAACCUUCACCACCUAAAGAAGUACCUGUGGAGGUAGCACAAGAUGCGACUGUUAUUGAUGCGCCAGCAGUAGCUGAAGUAAAACCAGAAAGUGCACCGGCAGUAGUAAAAGAUGCUGCUCAGGUAGAGGUUACACCAGCGCCAGUCGAAGCUGCACCAGUGCCAGUAGAGGCGGCACCAGUGCCAGUUGUAACAAAACCGGCGCCAGUUAAAUCUGCACCAGCGCCAGUUGAAUCUGCAACGGUGCCAGUUAAAGCUGCAGCGCCAAUGGAAGUUGUACCAGCGCCCACUGAGGUAGCACCAGUUGAAGCUUCACCAGUGCCAGCUGGGGCAGCAACAGUAACAACUGAAGUAUCGACUACUACGGCACCAAAAUCCGUAGAGGCAGCUCCUACUCAAGUUAAAAAAGCGCCAGCUCCUGUUGAAGCAAUGAAAUCUGUCGAAAAAGCGCCAGUGGCUUCAAAGCCUGAACCAGUUCCUACUCCACUUGAAUCAGCACCAGCUCCUCAAAUAGAACCAGUCGUAGUUGCAAAAGCCCCAGAGGCUCCAAAGGCUCCAGAACCAGAAAUUCCUACCACAGUUAAAGCUGCAAGCGAAUCCAAACCGACUGAAAUCCCAGCCUCAGUUAAAGUGAUCGCUGCGGCCCCCCAGGAACCAAUAGAAAUACCCGCAGCAGUAGAAGCUAGCGCCGCAGGUGAGCCACCUAAAAAGGAGACUUCAAAGACUGCGCCCGCUUUACCGCUCACACCGCCGGAUUCACCGAAAUCCAAAGAAAAAGCCGCGCCAUUGAAAGCUGCGAAAGCAACAGCGAGUCCUGUUGCCCCCUUACCGGUGACAACUCCCGAGAAAUCCUCUGAAGCCACAGUUUGCUCUGACAGUCCGCCUUUAGCCAACACACCAUCCAAAGACGAAGCCCCCACGCUGCCCGCUGCCAAAUCGGAGGAGCGUCGCAAGGGUGGCGGGUGCAAGUUGCGGCUGAAGCCGAGCCCUGCCGCCCAGCCCCUGCCUACCCCCGACAGCGAAGUGGAAGACGCCGCCUCACUCGCCACCUCCAUCAUCGCCAGCGAGCUGCGAACUCCGACUGUCACCUCGCCCGCUUCCGAACUGGAAUCCACUUCCCCGCCGGCGCCGCUACAAUCGCAACGCCUCUCGGUCGACGAGCCUGAAGUGCCUACGCCCCCAGUAGGCUCUGUAUCGCUCUCACAAAUAGGCGUCAAAACACCCAAACCGAAAUCAAGCACCGCGGCACAAAUAGAAUCCUCAGUGACGGAGAAAGCGCCCAACGAACCCGCCACACCGACAGAAGCCGCUCCCAAGAAGAAAGUUAUAGUAAGGAGAGUGGUGAAAAAAGACAAGGAGGGUACGUCGUCUGCGGAGGCGCCAGUGCCGCCGCCGCGCAAAAAGGAGAAGAAGCCCAAAGAGUGAGCUCGCGGCUUGCUCCCAUAUAGUUCCUCUGUGCCAUAAUGUAGCCUUUUCUUAUCUUUAUGUUUAUAUAAUUUUCAAAUACUUAAAAAUAUGUUAUAUGCUUUUGUGUAUCGCGCAAUCUUUACGAUGUUAGACUUAAUAAAUCAUUUUACUCGUCAUCACACGUCCAUUAUAAAUUAUAAUUCAUUACCGUUAUAAAUUUUACACUCUUUUUUAUUUGUUACUAAAUUGUUUUGUAUUUACAACUAUUUAUUUUUUAAAAGUUAAAAUAUUAUAUUGGUUUUAAUUUGAAUUACCAAAGGAUUAAAACGUAUUUAUUGAAAGAAAGUUUUUUAUGUAAUUUUAUAUUAAAACAUAUUUUAAAUUAGCC